AUGGAUGACGAUGUAACACAACAACAGAAGAAGGAGAGGAAGGAGAAGGAGAAGAGAGAGAAGAAAGAGAAGAAGGAGAAGGAGAAGAAAGAUAAGAAGGAUGAGAAACAAGAGAAGAAGGAUAAUAAGGUGUCUUCAAGUGGUGGCAGCAGUGGCGGCGGUGGUCUAUUCAGCAAGGUAGUCAACACAAUAGCAAAGACAGGCAGUGGCAGCAGUAGUGGUAGUAGUAGUGGCAGUGGUAGCAACAACAGCCCAUCCACCUCAUCACCUGUGAUAGUCUCAGCAGUGACCGAUCUCAGUAAUAUACCAUCGACAAUGCCUUUGACCCAACAGCAACUGCAGCAACAGCAACAACAACAACAACAACAGCAACAGACAACUUUGAAGUCAUCAACGAAUGAUCAACCAAACAUCACGUUAUCAGCAGCUUCCUCACCCAUCAUUGCCGGCGGCGGCAAUGUCAAUGGCAAUGGCAAUGGUAGCGCGACCACUCAAUCAACUUCCUCAGGCACCAACACUGUGGUGGACAGAUCAACCUUCCAUUCAAAGGUGUUGGACAGACAUAGCAGCGGGAGUUCGACAGGUGGCGUGCCGCCAAACGUGUCGCCAACAAUGACGAAGCGUGUCGAUGCAACGGACGAUCAACGCAAGAUCAUCCAGGAGAUGACCAAGUUCACGUUGGACUUUAGCAACAGUAUCAGACUGUUGAUCGAGGUCUACUACCAACCGCUCAAGAAGAACGACCAGCUGCUCUCACAGGAUGAAGUGCGCAAAGUGUUCUCAUCGAUCGAGUCCAUCUCUGGCUUCAACGCACUCAUCCUGGAGGACCUCCAGAAGUGUUUGACCAACUGGACCGCGCAAGGAUCACACUCAUCACUCUUGCACAUCUUUACUCAAUUCACUGGGUACCUCAAACUAUAUAAGCUCUAUGCUCUCAUGUACAACUAUUGCCUAAUGUCACUAUGUUCAUUGUCCUUCAACAAUACAAGGUUCGAACAAUUCCUCAAGACUAGUGAGCAGAAGCUUCAGACUGAUCAUGGUUACAUGCUGCCAUCUAUUGUACAUAUUAAUCCGAAUUCAAGUAUCACCAAGCCAGUAUUAUUCUCUGAUAUAUUUGGUCAGCAGCCGAAUGAUCAAUCAUCGACGUCGUCUGGCAGCACUACCACCACUGGCAUUGGCAGUGGAAUAUCACCAAUGAUAUCAUCAUUUUCAUCACAAUCAUCUACCUCUGGAGGCAACACUGCUCAUCUCACCAUUCGCAAGCAGGCAUCACAUCACUCUGUCAACAAGGGAAAGUUCACGACAGAGUACACGUACGCCAGUUUGGCCUCGCUGUUGGUGCUCCCGAUACACUACCUGGCACGCUUCACCUAUAACUUCCGCAUGCUUCUCGAGACUGUGCCCAAGCAGUCGCAGGACUACAAGGCAUACGUCAAGCUCUCUGAACAGAUUGGCGUUGUGAUCAAAGAGAUUGUAAACGAUUCCACCAACAUUGGCAAGGUCAUCUCCAUCUCCAACUCACUGUCCUCCACGACCAUCGGACUGUUCAACAGUUCAGAGAUAGUUCAGAGUAGAAGGUUGUUGAGGGAGGGCACAUUGGUGGAGAGCUAUAACAAUCAAAAGACUCCAUACUACAUCUUCUUGUUCAAUGAUACAAUGCUGUUCACCGAGAAAAUGGACGAUGCUGCUCAAUCCAAAUCAACAUCCCUGCUGCCUUAUGAAGGCUCUCUCUACAUGCUCAAGAAACUCGAACGUGUUGCCAACCUCCAAGUACAAGAUCCAGAGUUGGGCUUUGAGUUUAGGAAAGGAUUCCAGAUAAAGACAAAGGACAACUCAUUCUUUUAUAUGGCCGCGACUUUGAAGGAGAAGGGAGAGUGGAUACAGGAUAUAACACAUGCAGCAUUGAAGGCACCUUCAAACUCAACGUCACAAUCUGGAGCACAACGUGUCCAAUCCUCAAUGUUCAAUAUGCCCGCUUCGGCAGCCAGCAACAACAACAAUAACAAUGCCGGUGGCAGCAUCACUAUUGGUGGAAGUCUGUCCAGUGCCCAGCAGGACGAGAAUGAUGAGGUGGAGGACCCACGCGAUAUCCAAAGCCUCACCAAGUCUAUUCUGUCUGGCCAUCGCUCCAAGCUAGAGUUGAACAGUGCACUGAUCAAGACUGGCGACCCCAAGAUGGUGUUCUCACUGCUGUCAACGACGAUCUACAUCACGCAGCUCAGCUUUGCGCCCAACACACUCACGGACAAGUUGGUCACUCUUCUACAGGGCUUCCUCAACGUCAACCGCUCGCUCGCCCAUCUGACCCUAUCGCAGAACGCCCUCACCCCGUCGUGGACGGCAUCACUGGGCGACGCGCUACGCGUCAACCAGUCCCUUGUUCAGCUCGAGUUGGAUGAGUGUCAGAUCUGCGAUCGAUGUCUUGGCAACCUGGUCGACGGAAUGCUGGCCCACCCAUCGCUCUCCAUCGUCAGCCUCAAGAUGAACACAUUCACAGAUGUUGGCGCACGCCAUCUCAUCCGUCUGCUCCUCUACCAGCAGACGAUCCACGCCAUCUACCUAGAGGACAACACACUGGCACAUGCCACAGUCACUGAGUUGCUGGACGUUUGGAUGACCAACUACGCUUCAGCCCUGGCCUUCCUCGUGUUUAGCGCCAACCCGCCCGAUUAUGCCGAGCGCUUCAAGAACAAGAUCAUCCACAUCAAUAGCCGCCAGGACACGCGCAAGAAGAAGGACGCGAUCCAGAAGCCCGCGCCCAAGACUCAGUCGCGCACCAUGCUCGACCUCUCUCAUCUGACGAUUGGCGACCUCUCUGUGAGCUAUCUCAACAAGAUCAACAUGAUGCAGCUGGACAACCGUCGCCUGGGCGACUUGACCGAGCUUUAUCUGGACAACAACUCGAUUAGCGCGGUGCCCGCCGCCGUCUUUAAAGAGCUGGGCCACCUCCAAGUUCUGGACCUCUCAUUCAAUCAGAUCUCAGUGAUACCGCACGAGAUUAGCGAGAUGAAGGAGCUGCGUAGACUCAACCUGGCGCACAACAACCUGACGGCACUGCCGUCCACAAUCAACCAGCUGCGCCGUCUCGAGUACCUGGACAUCUCGUUCAAUGUGAUCGAGACGAUCGCCGAAGAUACACUCGACCAGCUGCUAGCACUGCGCACUCUGAUGAUGCAACGCAAUUACUUCACGCAGCUGCCCACGCAGCUGUUCACCAACCUGCGCAACCUGCAGGCCUUCUCAAUCAAGGGCGCACCAUGCUUCCACCCAGUCAAGCAGCGCGUGCUCGAGGCGUGGGCUCUGCGCGUCACCAAGCUCGACCUGUCCGAGUCCAACAUCAGCAGUCUGCCCAUGGAGAUUGGCAACAUUGUCUCGCUGACCGAGCUCAAUCUGAGCCAGAACAGGAUACGCACUCUGCCGCCACAGAUUGGCCGUCUGACCAACUUGACCGUUCUGGACAUCUCCAACAAUCAGAUCAGCGAGAUCUCUGAGCUGCCGUGGCAAAUGUCCAAGCUCGAGAGUAUCAAGUCCAUCUCGAUAGGUGGCAACUCAGACACCAAGCUCAACUUGCCGGACGUGCUGGUGGGCGACGAGCUCAACGCAUUCAUGUCGUACCUGAGAAUGCCUGUUCUUGAGCGACCAUGCAUGAGAAUGAAGCUGAUGCUAGUGGGACAAGAGAACGUUGGCAAGACAUCGAUCGCCAAGUGUCUCAAGAAGGAAGUGGUGCCCGUCUCAAAGAAGCUGCGCCAGACCAUAGGCCUCAGCUCAAAGAAGAAGCCCACACCCACCGACCGUGAGCGUGAGGCUGACGCGAUGAUGUUGUUGCCAACGACAAACAACAUCAACCCACUCAACACAUCGAUGAACCUGUCGACAGAUGGCAUUGACAUGGACGACUGGCGCCCGCUAGUACAAGAGGACUCUCAGACGCCCGUCACUUUCAGUCUGUGGGACUUUGCCGGCCAGGAGGUAUACUACUCCACGCAUCAGUUCUUCAUCUCUUCGCGUUCUCUGUUCAUCGUGGUCUUCAACAUGGCCACUUUCCUCGUGUCUGACGAGUCACGUGUUCCCUACUGGCUGCAAGGCAUUGAGGCAUGGAGUGGCGACGCUCAGGUCAUCCUGGUAGGCACGCAUCUCGACGAGCUGGCCUCAGGUCAGGAAGAGCGCAUCGUCAACGAGAUUGAGUCUCGCUUCUUCACGACAUUCCCCUCGAUCAAGGCCUUCCUGCCCGUGAGUUGCAAGUCGGGCAAGAACAUCAACAAGCUGCAGAACCUCAUCGUCAAGCAUGGUCGCGCCGAGAAGAAGCUGGGCGUGUCAUACCCUCGCUCUUUCUAUCAACUCGAGUCACUGGUCCUCAGUGAGCGCGAGAUGAACAACCCACCAAUCGUUGCCAUGGAGUCAUUCACGGCGAUGGCCGAGUCAUGCGGUGUUCCGACCGCACAGAUCCCCGCUGCACUCCACUUCUUGAAGGAGCUUGGUAUCAUUGUAUUCUUUGACGACAUCAAGUCGGGCCUGGACAUGUUUGUCUUUAUCGAUCCGCCCUGGCUCACCAAGCUGAUGGCCACACUGCUAACAAGCAAGCCCAACUUUGUACAAUCUGGCGUGCUUGAUCAGUCCAACCUACAUCAGAUCUGGAAGCCACCCGAUUUCCCUCAUCACCUCCAACACGUACUACUGGCCAUCCUGCAGCGCUUUGAGAUCAUCCACCCGCUGCCCGAUCCCAAGGCCGUCAACACCACUCCCAUCCCCAAGACUCAGCUUGGCACCAACUUUUCCAAGCUACGCUCAGCUUUCCAACCUGGCCAGUCCGCACCAGCUUUAUCGCCUGGUGUGGCGUCACAACAGCAACAGGCAGCGGCGGCUGGAGCACAGACUCCAGGCACGACAGGCGCAAUGUCAUCUUCAAUCUCAAAGUUGGGCAUCAAGUUUGGUACACUCACCAAGUCAUCGGCAUCAACAAUGAACUUUAAUCAUACAUCAGGAGGCAAGGCUACUGGCAACAACAACGAUCAGGGACCAGCGGUUGCCACAUCGGCCGCCUCACAGUCACUCGUGCCCAGACUGAACACCAAGUACUUGGUGCCCGUGCUGCUGAGCGCUGAACGACCAGGCACUCUGGAGCACACACUGGAGGAGCUCAGGAAGGACUCACCAUCGGUACUGGAGCGCAUCUAUCAGUUUGAGUUCUUCCCCGUGGGCAUGUUCUCAAAGUUUAUGAUACGUGUGAUGCACUUUACCACUGUGAAGGAGUACUGGAAGCAUGGCCUGCUGGUGGAGCGUGAUCAAUCAUACGCACUCACUGAGGCUGGCAACAACCAGGUGGUCAUCUACGUGUGGGGCAAGAACCCCGUCACACUACUGCGAUUCAUCGUCGAGACUGCUGAAGUGCUGCUCGGCGGAUGGUACAAGCUUCGAUUCCAGUUCCUGGUGCCGUGCAACUGCGCCACCUGCAAGUCUUUGGCACAAUCUGGCGUCAACAACAAGGGCGACAAGCGAUACAGUAGCAGUGCGGAGCUGUCAUCAAGUCAGGACAGCCCCAUGACAUGGCAUAACAGUGGCCUACCAAUGAGCCCCGCAGCACUCUCACUGCCAGGCACACCAUCAUACGACAGCGCUACGACGGAUGUUGACAUGACUGAUGAUUUGGAUUCGAUAUCUUCAGACCUGUCUACAUCGGAUUCUUCCUCAAUGGGCGGCACACUCAAGAUCAAACGCAAGAAGAAUGCAUCCAAGUUCCUCACGCUGUACAAGCCCAAGCAGUCAUCCAAGAACAACCCGACCUCGGUCAAAGAUGCCAAACACUUCCUGACCACAGCGUCCACGAUGAUCAAUCAGUCGAUGGCUGGCGCGGCAUCAUACAGGAAUAGCAUCAAUGCUGCCGAGCUCAGGACGAUGUUCACCUACGAGGAUUGUGAGCGUGCUGUCAUUGCCAAGAAGAACGACAUGAUCUGUAAGAGCAGCAUCUCUGGCCUGGUUGGCGUAGGCGAGGACAAGCCCAUCAAGCUAGAGACCCUAGUCCCCGAGUUGCUGAUGGCCGACCUUGGUUCAACAUUCACCAUUCUCUACAACGAGCUAGAGAUCAUUGAGAAGAUUGGCGAAGGUGGCUUUGGCAAUGUGUACAAGGGCAAGCUGCGCGGCCAACUCGUGGCCAUCAAGCAGCUGAUCGUUCAAGGACGCAUCAACACUGAAGAGAUCUUCCGUGAGUUUAGACGCGAGGUGUGGCUUUCAAACAUACUCAAUCAUCCAGCCAUCGUGUCACUCAAGGCCUGCUGUAUGGACCCGUGCUGCAUCGUUAUGGAGUACAUCCCCAACGGCAACCUGCACAGCUUCCUGAGGAAGCAACCCGCUACCCCAUGGUCGACAAGAGUCAAGAUCGCGCUAAACAUUGCCAAUGCCAUCCAGUACCUACACGAGUUCAACCCCAAGAUAUGUCAUCGCGAUCUCAAGUCACCCAACAUCCUCAUGUUGUCCGACAUGUCUGACAGUGCCAAGGUCGUAUGCAAGGUGUCAGACUUUGGUGAGACUAGGGCCGUCGUAACGUCGGCUCUGGGUCGCGAGAAGUUGUCCAACCCCAUUUGGCUGGCGCCCGAGAUCAUGCUGGGUGAAGAGUACACAGAGAAGGCCGAUGUCUACAGCUUUGGAAUCAUCCUCUGGGAGAUCCUCACUGGUUUGUUGCCAUUCGAUGAGUAUCCUGUGGCUCACUCCUCCUUCCUCUAUCAGCUUGAGGACGAGAUAUGCAAUGGCCUGCGACCGACUGUGCCUGCAGCGACCCCAGCCGCUUACGCCACACUGAUCAAAGACUGCUGGCAGCGUGAGCCCAAGCAGCGUCCAACAUUUGCAGCGAUCUCUGAGCGAUUGGUGUCUAUCAAGAAUCAGAACUUCAAGUAUGUAGUGCCCGCUGCGCCCAGUCCCAAGGGCUCGGUCGAGAACAGUCCGAUAAACAGUAGCGCAAGCAACAACAGCAACACAAGCAGUGGAGGCAGCAGUGGCAGCACUCAGACCACCACUGCCAAUGCCACUUCGACGACAACAGCCACCGCGCCAGCAGUUGCACAUGCAUCACCAGCCAGCACUGUGGUCAGUGCUGCACAGCAACAACAGGCUCCGCAGAAACCAGUCAGCACGGCAGUAGACAAGCCAUCACAGGUUUCAUCGACUACACCUCCAGCGAACAGUCCACGUCCAACUUCGAUGGCAAUCAAGCCAACUGCCGCACCCUCGGCUAGCCCAAUUGUGGGAGGAAACACCGCCUCUGGCGCCACUGUUCCAACAACCUCCAAGCUUGCACCCAGUCCAAUGAACCCCAAGCCAGUGUCCAUACUUAAGACUGUUGUAUCGUCUCCAGCACUAAAGGUUGCUCCAACAACACAGACAACGCCCAUCCCGCCUGCAACACCACCCAACAAAUCACCAAUUACCAGAAGGCCACUUCCAGCAUCAAUAUCCUCGGCCACUCCUCCAUCACCAUCUCCAUCCAUAACACCUGUACAACAAACAAUACCAACUCCAACUACUACUACUACAAUUGAGGCACCUGUUGUGGUUGCAACACCAACUACACCCACUGCCACACCACCUCCAGUCGCCAAUAUCCAACCAAAACAACCUGAGCAACAGUCGACGACGACAGAGGUAGCAGCAGUAGUUCAACCGACUACUCUUCCUCCAGUUGUAGCAAGGGGCCAGUUGCCAUCACCUCCAGUUCCCAGGAAACCACAGUCUGCUGUAUCAGCUUCUGCUCAACCUCAAUCACAACUUCAACCUCAACAACAGGAUCAGGUUAGUUCCGACAGUGGUUCAUCAGCUCCACCAACAUUAUCGACGCAAGGACGAUCACUACCAGUGCCACCCGCUCCUCCAAAGCCAGUCGUUGUAUCCAAGGCAUCAGUAAUGAGCAAAGCUGCUCCAAAGGUCGCACCAGUGUCCACCAGCACACCCUCAACCCAAUAA